GGAGAGUGGGGUGAUGUUGAGCCGGGGAUGGAGGUGCUGAGCGAGAAGGUGGAGGAGGAGGAGCAGGCGGAGCGCGAGGACGCGGCCGAGCGGGGCGAGAAGGUGCUGCUGAGACCCCCGGAGCCGCGCUGGGAGGGGACCAUCAUGUCGCAGGAGACCGUGCGGGAGCUGGAGAAGAAGCUGCAGGACAUGGACGUCGCCGUGCCCAGCCAGACGGUUCCCAGCUUCUCCCUGGACACCUCCAAGCUGCCCCUCUCCUACCGGAGCAACUCGCCCAAGGAGGAGCGCCUGCUGCAGGUGGCCGACAACUUCUCCCGGCAGUACAGCCACCUGUGCCCCGACCGCGUGCCGCUCUUCCUGCACCCGCUCAACGAAUGCCAAGUGCCCAAGUUCCUGAGCACCACGCUCCGGCCCACCCUGACGCCCCACCCCGAGCUCUACAACUGGGACACCUGCGCCCAGUUCGUCUCCGACUUCCUCUCCAUGGAGCCCCUGCCGGACCCCCUCAAGCCGCCCCCGUCCCUGCACUCCUCGACCACGGUGCUCAAGGACCAGAAGGGGAACUGCUUCGACUUCAGCGUGCUGCUGUGCUCCUUGCUCAUCGGCGCCGGCUACGACGCUUACUGCGUCAACGGCUACGGCUCCAGGAACCUGUGCUCCAUGGACCUCACCCGGGAGGUGUGCCCGCUCACCGUGAAGCCCGAGGAGGUGGUCCAGGAGAAGGAGAAGCUGCCCACGAAGAAGUACACCAUCAAGCCCCCCAAGGACCUGACCAGCAGGUUCGAGCACGACCAGGAGGAGAAGAGGAAGAAGGCGAUGCGCGAGGAGGAGGAGAAGCAGAGGAGGAAGGAGGAGGAGCAGCUCCUGGAGCUGGAGAAGGAGGGUGCCGACCCCCUGCACGGCCUGCGGGUGCACUCCUGGGUGCUGGUGCUGUCGGGGAAGCGCGAGGUGCCCGAGACCUUCUUCAUCGACCCGUUCACGGCGCUGGGCUACAGCCCCGAGGACGACAACUUCCUGGGCAUCGAGAGCGUCUGGAACCACAAGAACUACUGGGUCAACAUGCAGGACUGCUGGAACGGCUGCAAGGACAUGGCCUUUGACCUGGGGGACAACGUGCAGUGGGAGUACAUGCUGGCGGGGACCGACAAGCCGCAGCUGGCCCCGGCGGAGGAGGAGGACGAGACCAUGAUCGACGACGAGGACCUGCAGAACCUGGGCAAGGAGGAGGAGAGCCUGGGCCUAGACAUGCCGCCCUCCUGGGUGGAGCAGAUCCAGAUCUCCCAGGAAGCCUUCGAGACCCGCUGCCCCCAGGGGACGAAGGUGAUCCACUACCGGAAAGCCAAGCUGGAGAAGUGGUGCCCGUACCUCAACAGCAACGGGCUGGUGACCCGCCUCACCACCUACCAGGACCCCGAGUGCACGCAGGCCCUGGAGGUGAAGGAGUGGUUCGAGAACCGAGAGGACAAGCUGGAGCUGAAGCACACGGACCACACCACGGGGCUCAUCACAGACUACUUCAAGCCCGGCCACCUCCAGGCCCUGCGAGUGCACUCUUACAAGUCGCUGCAGCCCGAGAUGGACCGCGUCAUGGAGUUUUACGUGUCGGCCCGCGUGGACGGCCUGGUGAAGCGGGAGGAGACGCCAAGGACCAUGACGGAGCACUACCAGGGCCGGUCUGACUUCCUCACCUACCGCCACGUCAUUUUUGGGCCCAGGACCAAGAAGCCGUCGGCCAACAGCUCUGAGUCGAACCCCCGGUCCAUAGUGAAAAUCACGGAGCGCUUCUCGCGCAACCCCGCGGCGCCGGCGGACGAGGACGUGCAGGAGCGCACCUUCCUCGUCCCGGAGGAGCGCAUCCAGCUGCGCUUCCACUGCCGCGAGGACCACAUCACCACGUCCAAGCGCGAGUACCUGCGGCGCCUGGAGGUGGACAGCAAGGGCAACAAGAUCAUCAUGACGCCCGAGAUGUGCGUGAGCUACGAGGUGGAGCCCCUGGAGCACACCAAGAAGCUCCUGUACCAGUACGAGAACAUGAUGCAGCUCAAGAAGGAGGAGAAGCUGUCCAGGCACCAGGCCUGGGAGUCCGAGGUGGAGGUGCUGGAGAUCCUGAAGCUCCGUGAGGAGGAGGAGGAGGCGCACAAACUGACCGUCUCCAUCUACGACAACAAGCGGAACGGCAAGAGCAAGGAGUACCGGGAGGCCAUGGAGCGCGUGAUGCACGAGGAGCACCUGCGGCAGGUGGAGACCCAGCUGGACUACCUGGCCCCCUUCCUGGCCCAGCUGCCCCCCGGGGAGAAGCUGACGCGCUGGCAGGCCCUGCACGUCAAGGACGAGUGCCUCAACGACUUCAAGGAGCGGCUCAUCGACAAGGCCAACCUCAUCCAGGCGCGCUUCGAGAAGGAGACCCAGGAGCUCCAGAAGAAACAACAGUGGUACCAGGAGAACCAGAUGACGCUGACGACCGAGGACGAGGACGUGUACCUGAGUUACUGUUCCCAGGCCAUGUUCCGCAUCCGCAUCCUGGAGCAGCGGCUCAACCGACACAAGGAGCUGGCCCCGCUCAAGUACAUGGCCCUGGAGGAGAAGCUGUGCAAGGACGCCCGCCUGCUGGAGUUCCUGUGACCCCGCGGGGCGUGGGAGGGACGUGGCAGGACAGCAGCCCUGUCCCCCCCCACAUCGGGCCGCUCUGCUCCCGCCACCCCUCAGACGCCCGCCUCACUGCCACGCCACUAGCCACACUGUUCCUGCUGCUCCUGAUUCCCCAGCGAAUAAACACUUCCUGACUUGCCGUUUGGCAUCUGCUCUCUCUCCGCCCCCCCCCCCCCCACUCCAUGAGAGCUCGGGCACCUCUCGCCGCGCCGCCCCAGGGCCCACCUUCCUCCUCUGCUCCCAGGCCUCUCCUGGGGGGAGGCUGUGUCUGCAGCGCCUCCCGCAGUCCCUGGCACACCCGUUAGAUCUCCGUGCGGCUGGAGGGUUCCAGCACCCACACCAGGCCUGGCGACUGCGUGCCCUGGAGAACCCGUCAGAUCGCAUGCCAGCUCCCUCUCCUCAGCCUCUAUUUAGCCAUCUGUGAAAGGGGACAUUUGAUUCAGUAAGAUUUGCAGAGCAGCGAGAGGGUUCAGAGAACUAGAGCAUGUGCUGGUUUUGUGUUUGUUUUGGUUUUUUUGUGUGUGGGGGGGGGGCACAUGCAGAGAUACUCAGGGGUUGCUCCUGGCUCUGUGCUCAGGAAUUACUCCUGUCGGUGCUCAGGGGACUAUAUGAGAUGCCGGGGGUCACGCCCAGGUCUGUCUCGUGCAAGGCAAGUGCCCUAUCUGCUGUAUUCUCUCUCUGGCUCCUGGAGCUCCUGUUUUGCAGGCGAGAGGCUAGAUCCCCAGCACGGUCCCCUGAACACCAAGGGUGAAUGACCUUUGAGCACCAACCCAGGAGUAGCUUUUGAGAACCGUUGGGUGUCACCCCAAAGACUAAAAGCAAAACAAGGCAUUUGUAAGGCAUAAAGAAAGUAGUCAUUCAUAGAAGGACUGCACUUAUUUGUGGAGUAUAGAAUAACAUCACAUGAGGCUGACACCCAAGGACAGUAGAUACAAGGGCCAGGAGGAUUGCCCCAUAGCUGGAAGACUGCUUCAUGAGUGGAGGGGAGAAGGCAGGUGGAAUAGAGAAGGAAUCAGUAAGAAAAUGAUGGCUGGAGGAACCAGUUGGGAUGGGAGAUGUGUGCCGAAAGUAGAUAAUGGACCAAACAUGAUGACCUCUCAGU